CGAAAAGAAAUGUAUGAGACAUUGACAGAAACCGAACGCAAUCAUGGAAUGUAACAAUUUUUAUUAAUUAAAAUAACACAGGGAAAGCAUGUAUUAAGUGAAGAUAGCAGCGUUUAUGUUCCAGUAAAUUGCGCUAAGAGAUAUUUUAAUAUAUAUUUUUAUAAAAACAAGAUGAAAGGUUUAUUUCUAUGCUGUGUUUUUUCAUUGUUUCUGUUGUCUGUGGAUGCUCAAGUAGGUGGUCAAGUAGUGAAGGGACGUUCUGUAAUAUAUGUUCAAAAUGGAGAUACAGCAACAUUGCAAUGGGAAUUUACACUAUCACUUAACGAUGUUAACUCUGUGUAUAUUACAUAUGGAGAGGAUCCAAGUCCAAUUGUUGCGUAUUUUAACAAAAACCUUCAGGUUACAAACGCUGUCAAUCAGUUUAUCAACAGAGUGUCUGCUUCUCUUCCCACCUCAAACAGAGGUAUCAUUAUGAUACUGAAGAAUAUCAACAUAAAAGACCAAGGUGAAUAUAAAUGUGCCGUCCAAAAAACAGACUUUAGGACUUCUACAAACAUUACCAAGGUGAUAGUAAAAGUUCCACCAGCCCUAAAUAAAGAUGUAACUGUAAAAACAAAAACCGAGAGAGAUUCUGUAUCACUUCCAUGUAUUACAACAGCUGGUAACCCAAAACCAAUCAAUUUUCAGUGGUUUAAAGAAAAAGGUAGCACAUUUGAACCAGUAACAGGUGUCAUGUUGCAUAAUACAAGAUACGAUUACAACAUAACUUCUGUUGGACGUGAACAUCGUGGUGUAUAUAAGUGUAAAGUGUGGAACAUUGGUGGAAAUGACGAAUACAGAAUUACACUUAAUGUCUACUAUGCUCCUGUAGUCACGUAUCUGACACCAAAUCGCACAGUUUUUGAAAGACAAGGCACUGAGGAAUUCAAUUGUGAUGUUGAUGGUAAUCCACCAAAUAAUACCAAAUACCACUGGUACAGAGGAAUAUUUUCCACCGGACAAGAAAUAAAACAAAGCAACCAAUACAUACUUUUGGAGAAUGGUAAUAAACGUCUGAAAUUCUUAAAACCUUUGCGCUCACAUGCAGAUGUGUAUUAUUGUGCUGGUUCAAAUAUUCAUGGUAUUGGAAAUGCAAAAGGAACCUACCUAAAUGUGACAUACAAACCAGGACCACCUGUUAUAGAAAAUGAAAGAAGGGGUGUUUUCAAUGGCGAUGAAGGAACAAAUGUGACAGUUAAAUGUACAUCAGAUGCUAACCCACCUGCUUAUUACAAAUGGCAUAAAAAAAUGAGGGACUGGACAGGAAAGUUAGACUUUCACCCCAUUGAGAAAUCUGGUAGCUAUUCUGGGGAACUGACAUUAUAUAAUGCCAGUACCAACGACACAGCUGACUACAAAUGUGUAGCUUCAAAUCAACCAAAUGAAAACGAUCGUGCAAAACAAUUUUCUGAUGUAGUCUUUGUCAAAGUCAUUAUCAGAUAUGGUCCGAGAAAAACUAAUUUUUCCAUCAAUGGAAUUAACCACACCCGAAUUGAAGUUACACAAGGUCAUCAAGCCCUAGUUAUCUGUGAGAGUGAAAGCGAACCUCCUGCCAGGUACAACAUUCGAAUCAGCAGUGGUGAUCCGACUCAACUUAACACAAAUGACUAUGUUGGGCGUUAUACUAUUCCAAGCAUGUCAAUCCAAAAUGAGGGGAUUUAUGAAUGUAUUGCAAGCAAUGAAGUUCUAGGUCGAGAAGAAAAACGACAGAUACAUUUAGUUGUUGCAAUUCCACCUACAAAACUUCCAUCGGUAGAUACACCUAGUAAUGUGGAUGAAGGUGCAACUGUAACCAUUCAUUGUAAUGCUCAAGGAAGACCGGCUCCCAAAGUAUAUUGGCAGAAAUAUGGAGCAAAUAUUACCAACGAUUCCGUAAUUCAAUCGUCAUAUGCCCCGAAAUUAAUGACACAAAAGUUAAUACCCGUAGAAGCAAAUUUAAAAUUUAACGGUAUCCGCUACACAGACAGUGGCUCUUAUUCCUGCAUUGUUUAUAAUUCAGCUGGAAGCUACAACAACACUGUGAAAAUUACCGUCGAAUUCAAGCCCCGAAUUACCAACAAGCCACAAGAUGUGACAGUUCGACUAGGUGAUGGAAAGGAGGCAUCCUUGAGGUGUGAAGCAAUAGCUUAUCCAAAGAUGAUCACGUGGGAGUGGUAUUUUGAAGGGAGGCAAAUGUCUGAAACUACUAAUCAAUUUAUCAGGCCACUUCCACAGAAAACAGACAAUGGUGAAUAUACAUGUCGCAGUAGGAACUCAAAAGGGUAUGGUCAAAAUGCAACUGCUCGUAUAAUCGUUGAGUAUGCACCAACGAUCAUGACAAUUACGGAAAAUAAAAUACUUAACAUAGGCGAAAACAUAAUAUUAAUGUGCAAAGCUGAUGGCGUCCCCAAACCUAAAAUUACUUGGACCAAAGACAGAAGUAGUGUGGAACAUAUCGGAGAGGAUUACCGUAUUAUGAAUGUACAAGCCAAAGACAAGGGGGUAUAUUCAUGCAGUGCAACUAAUCUUGUGAAUUCAGACACAAAAUCAGUGCGCAUUUCAGUGAAACAUGCUCCUAUUAUCACAACUGUUGAUCCAGGUCAAGUCAAGGUUGGUGCUGAAGUAGGUAGUACAGCAAAUUUGAAAUGUGACGCUAGUGCUUUUCCAACACCAGUAAUUACUUGGAAGGAACAUGGAUCACCCACAAUAUUAGUAAAUGGUAUUGAUGGCUACCAGAUAACUCAUAACAGCGAAAUGUUUGGUACUACCAGCACUUUAACUGUGGCAGUUCAGGAUAAACAUUUGGGCAAAAAAUAUAUAUGUAUGGCUAACAAUUCACUUGGUGAAACCAAUCAAGAAUUUCAAAUAUUAAAAAGAGGUAAGCCAGACCCGCCAGUAAGAAUGAACCUGACAGACAUAAGGCAACCAACUAUUCCAGUUUCUGUGAACAUAACAAUAACAUGGACACCAGGCUAUACUGGUGGUUAUCCAGUCCAGUUUAUUUUGUUGUACAAAGAAGAAAGUGAAGUUAAUUUCAAGGAAAAUUACAUUGGUGCUCCGCAAGGAAACAGAUAUGUGUUUUCGAACAGGAAAGCUGGUGCUACAUACCAGUUUAGCAUGAAAGCUAAAAAUGAGAGAGGAAUAAGUGGAACGCUUAAACCCGUUUCAUAUCGAACAAAAGAACCUCCCAAGAAUGUUGUGACUGUAUCUAUAGCUAAAGGAGAUGAUGGAACUUCUGUGGUUAUAAGCUGGAUCAUAUUUUCUAACCCUGCAGCAAGAAGAAGACGAGCUGUGGCGCUCACCUGGGAUUAUGGCAAAGUUAGAUACAAGCGUGAAAUUGACACAGAGUAUACGGAGAUAAUAAUAUUAAACAUUACUGUAAAUGGAAGCUGUAAUGUUACAGAUUUGGAAGGAGAUGAACAGUAUGAUUUCCAAUUCAUAGUCUAUGAUACAAAUGGAAAUUUUGGCAAUCCAGUGCAGUUACCAAGCAUUUAUCCUCGCAAAGGACCUUCAUACAAUGACGACAGUGGUUUGUCUAGGACAGAUAUUAUUGCACUCUCAGUUGGUCUGGGUGGAGCCAUGCUACUGAUUAUUAUAAUAAUUUUAUUUAUUGCUAUUUAUCGUAAAAAAGACAAGAAAUCAUCCAAGUACAAGUCACAUUACAAUAAUGGGCGUGUUCAAGUGGACAUCCCAGUCUCAACCAUGAGAAGUCAAUACAGUUCAGAUGUGGUUCGUUCCAGUUAUUUGAACGAUGAAGAUCCGUUUGCCAUGGACACUUCUGUUAUUGAUGACGAUGAAAAAACCUCUCCCCCGCCAGACUAUAAUGAUAUGCAUUACACAAAGCCCCCAAAUCACGAUUUCACCGACCAUCCUAAUCAACACAGCACAUUUCGGCCCGAUAAUCCGAUGCCUAGUUACACAUCGUUUGGUAGAAUACCGAAAAAACAAGAACCCCCGCAUUCGAAAUCAAUGACAUCACUAAAUGGCACACGCGCAACGGAGAUUUCGCGGCGAAAUGAAAAUCGUUACUCCGUGGACGCUCUCGACGAUUAUCCGGAAAGAAACGACGAGGACCCUCUACUCCAGAAGCCUAAAGAUGACAAUCGAAGAAAUCAAAGAAAUAGCCGAGGGCGUUUAUCUUCAGAUGACGAUCUUCCUGAGCCGCCGCAUUUUAUGAGAGACGCCUUACGCAGUCCUCCGUCUGACGAAGGAGGGAUCAACAAUAGAGUGCCUGGUGCAUUCGGUGACCGUGCAAACAGGUUUAAAAAACCUUCCCCGCAGCCAUAUCAGGAAGCAUCUGCCGCGACAUCACCAACAAGUGGAAGGUUAUCACCAGCACCCUCCUCCGUGGCAAGCUCCAAACCUUACCGUAGUGACAAUGAAUACAUCGAUGAUGCUGAAGAAAAUUACGUUGGUUAUUUAGUGUAAAAUACAAUAUUCGUGUUACGUUUACACAAGACAUUAUUCACACAUGAAUUUUUCUGAUAGAUUUCUACCACAGAGAGCUAAAAUUGCUCACGACUGCGCAAUCUCGUGUAUCUGUUACACAGCACGGCUGUCUUUGUGUAUAUUUAUGGUACACAGAUAGAUCGAUAAACAAUUUU